CUGACUACAACUAAUCACGUGCUCCUUCUCGGCACCCAACACGGUCACGUCCUUUACAGGACUUUAGUGAACAAAAAAUAAAUCAAUGGAAAUUAAAAUGUGGAGCACUUCAUUCACUGAUCAGUGUUUGUGAUGAUCGAUUAUUUCUGCCUGCUGACUGGAUCUCGAUUGUUCUGGAUCGAUGAAUGAGGACUUUCUGCUUCUGGCAAACAAUAGCGCUGUGUUUUUAGCACACACACACACACACACACACACUCAGAUUUUUCAGUGGGUGGAGUCAUGGAGAAAGGUGGAGUGAAGGAGACGAGUACUGAAAUGCUGCACAAGACCUCCGAUGAGCUUCCUGUAAGUGAGCUAACAGCAGCCACGCAUGUGUGUAAGGUGUGUGGGAUGUGUUUUGAGACGAAGGGAGGGUUUUCGAGCCAUGCCCGGUCUCACCUGCGUCAGCUGGGAGUGUGUAUGCCGGACAGCAGAGGCGACCCAAUCAGCUUGCUGCAUGAUCUAAUCUCUGAGAAAGAUGGAGCUUUACCCUCUCCACUCAAACACACACACAACAGCUUCAAAAAACACACAACACACACACAACACAGAGCCAAACACACCAGCAAACAUGGAGCCAGACAUGGAUCAGGAACCAAACUUAAGAUUAAAAUUAGUGAGUUGGUGAAGAGACAUUGUGUUCCUGUUUCUACAUCAAGAGAUUCUUCCUCUUCAUCAUCCUUAUUGUCUGCUUCUUCCUUCUCUUCCUCUUCAUCAUCUCCACUUUAUCAAAACAAACCAACCAAAACUCCACCCACUCUCUCAGCUCUGUCCAAACAGGGAGCAAAACAGAAAACAGACACUCACCUUGACCUGAAUUUUUCAGUGGGUGGAGUCAUGGAGAAAGGUGGAGUGAAGGAGACGAGUACUGAAAUGCUGCACAAGACCUCCGAUGAGCUUCCUGUAAGUGAGCUAACAGCAGCCACGCAUGUGUGUAAGGUGUGUGGGAUGUGUUUUGAGACGAAGGGAGGGUUUUCGAGCCAUGCCCGGUCUCACCUGCGUCAGCUGGGAGUGUGUAUGCCGGACAGCAGAGGCGACCCAAUCAGCUUGCUGCAUGAUCUAAUCUCUGAGAAAGAUGGAGCUUUACCCUCUCCACUCAAACACACACACAACAGCUUCAAAAAACACACAACACACACACAACACAGAGCCAAACACACCAGCAAACAUGGAGCCAGACAUGGAUCAGGAACCAAACAUAAGAGUAAAAUUGCUCUGUCCAAACAGGGAGCAAAACAGAAAACAGACACUCACCUUGACCUGAAUAUAUCCCAACGUGAUUGUGUACAUGUAUGUGAGCUGUGUGGUGUGUGUUACGAGACAAAGAAGGGUCUGUCCAGUCACGCUCGAGCACAUCUGCACCAUUUUGGAGUGAAGUUGGAUCCUAAAGCUUCACCCAUACAGGUCCUUCAUGAUCUUCUCCAAAAGAAGGCGGGGCCAGUGGAUAAGAACCUGCCCACUGCUCUGUUAACUUCAUCUCCAUUUAAAAAAAAGAAGAAGAAGCUUUUACCAGCAAGAGAGAAAACACUGAGAGACCGUGGUUUGUCGAAGAAUGUGAGAUGUGAGUUUUGUGGAGAGAAUUUUAAGAAGACUCAGAGUUUGGCGAGCCAUGCUCGCUCUCACCUGCGCCAACUCGGCGUCACCGAUUGGACGGCUCACGGCUCGCCGAUGGCGACUCUCCGAGAGCUGAUGGCUCGUCGCACUUGUAGUAGUUUACCUCAUCCCACCCAGACCACACCCUUUACUCUGGCCAAUCCUCCAUCUGAAGCUCCACAUCUUCCUGUCUCAGGUCUUACCUCUCCCCAGUUCAGCAAGCAUCACUCUGAAGCUCCACCCAAUCCUGUACCAGGCCCCGCCCCUGUCCGAGUGCCCAAAGCCAGAAAAGGUUCAAGGAUGGCUGUGUCCAAACUAAAGGAAGAGCCGAUGGAGUUUGAAAUCUCCACUGACCAAUCGACACAAACAAAACCCCCACCUUUAACAAUUUCUGUUAAAUCAGCUGCUGAUCUUACUCCAGUUCCAUUCAAUCAAAAUCUAUCUACAGGUGCUGAAGUGGGCGUGGCUGAACCUGUGAGGUGUGAUUACUGCAGUGAUCUGUUUGAUAGCCGUAAAGCUCUGUCAUGUCACGCCCGGGCUCACCUGCGCCAAUUGGGAGUGAAGUGGGCACCAUUCGCUUCACCCAUCGACACACUACAUGAGCUCAUGAUCAGAGUGGGGAGAGGGCAAGGGUCAGAGGGCACACCAUCACCUGUGGACUUAUACAAAGAGAAAACAGACACGGACGGUGCAGGUUUAGGGGAGGCCACAUGUGAGCUGUGUGGAUUUGACUUUGAGAACAGAAAGGCAUUAGCCAGUCAUGCACGUGCUCACCUCCGCCAGCAGGGGGAGCAGUGGAGCUCCAGCCAAUCACCAAUAGCUGCCCUCAGCCAAUGGAUGAGCAGAGAGCCUGAGAAAGUCGCUGUUCUUCAUAAGCUCUACAUGCAGGGGACAUUUCCACAUAUUCGCAAGAGGCGUGUCUGCUUUCCAAUUCGCUCCUCUGGUGCUGACUCCGCCCACUCUGGUGUAAGCCACCCCUUUCCUGCAGCUUGUCAGGGUAAAACUGGGGCAGGUCUCUCUUGCUCUUCCAACUCUCAUAGGAAAUUGUCAUCCCAUCGCCCCACCCCCUACACAUCUGUUGACCACGGUUCUGAUCAUCGAACUCCUAAACGAUUCCCUCUCAGGGCGGAGUCUUUAAAGCGUGUUGGUAAUGCCCCCUCUCUGGUGCCCCGCCCACCUGAAACCAGCCUGGUUAAACUGGUGGGAAAGAUUUAUUCACUAAAAUGCAGGUUCUGUGAACAGGUGUUCAGUGGACCUCUCUCUGUGCAAGAAGAUUGGCUUAUCCAUCUGCAACAUCACAUCCUUAAUCUCAAACCGGACCGUGCCCAUAGCCCCGCCCCCAUAUUACACAAUUCCGACUCGGCUCAGCUGAUUGGCCAGGCUGUGUAGGGGCGGGGCAGUUUCAUACUCAGUGGUUUUAAUUUACUGUUUUAUAAUUUGUUUAUAACUUUAAUUUUAAUAAAGUAGACAAGUGUAUCGAGUUAGGGGAAGUGAUGUGAUGAACACUACUGAGAAACCCUAAGAAGGGAACACCUGCUGAAUGUACACAGACCUUUUCACCGUUUUACCGUUUUACCCCACGGGAACCAGGAUGUUUUAUGGUUUUAUGCAGUUUGAACAUACUGCUUUGAUACAUGCUUUGUGUGUGUGUGUAUGUGUUUGUGUGUGUUGAUUGAUCUGUACUCUGAUGUCCAAAAUGCAGCUUUUUGUUCUUUCUUUUUUUAAUGUGUUUAAUUCAUAGAAUGACAUUUGUACAUUCACACAAUAAAGUAUACAUUUCUACA